AUGUCCGAAAAAACCAUCACCACCUCCUCCUCGACGGAGCAACCCCCUACCACCCCCCCCAACCAACCAAGUUCCAACCAACCGAAAUGGUACCGCUCCACCACCUACAACGCCCUCAUUCUAGGGUUAUGCAAUUUCCUCGCCCCGGGCCUCUGGACCGCCAUGAACUCCCUGGGCGGCGGCGGCAGCGAAUCGCCCUACCUGGUCGACGCCGCCAACGCCCUCACCUUCUGCCUCAUGGUCCUCUCCUGCCUCUUCGGCAGCGCCAUCGUGCGGCUGAUCGGCAUCAAAUACACCCUCAUACUCGGCACGAUCGGCUACGCCCCCUACGCGGCCGGCUUGUACACGAACAACCGCUUCCACAGCAGCUGGUUGCUGUUGCUCGGGGCGGCGCUCUGCGGCCUCAGCGCGGGCAUCUUCUGGCUGGCCGAGAGCAGCAUCGCCCUGGCCUACCCGGAGCCCCGCCGGCAGGGGUUCUUUCUCGGUCUGUGGCUGUCCUUCCGCGUGGGCGGGCAGAUCCUCGGCGGGGCGAUCAACUUGGGGUUGAAUGUGGAUCGCGCGAGCGCGGGGAGUGUGAGCUAUGCGGUCUUUCUGGUGUUCGUGGCCUUGCAGGCGUGCGGGCCGAUCGCAGGAUUGCUGCUCACCCCGCCGGAGAAAGUGCAGCGGAGGGAUGGGAAGCCAGUCCAUCUCGCGAUUUCGGAGCACGGGGUGGGAUAUGAGCUGAAACGCACCCUGCAGCUCCUGGGGACCAGGAAUGUGGUGUUGAUCCUCCCGCUCAUCGCCCAGGCAAUCUACACGGAGGCGGUCAUGUUCACCUACCUGGACUUGUGGUUCAGUGUCCGGGCCAGAGCGCUGGCGAGUUUUCUCUCGGGCUGUCUGGCGCUGAUUGCAGGGAACGCGCUGGGCUGGAUCCUCGAUGGGGCGCGGGGGAGUCUGCGGGGCAAAGCGAGGGGGGUGUUUGCCGUGAUCAUGACGCUGCAAGGGGGGGUGUGGGUUUGGGCGACGGUGAUCACCACCAUCUACAAGCAGAGGGACCAGGCGGCCCUGGAUUGGACCGACCCGGGGUUUGCGAGGGGGUGGGUGUUGUAUUUGUUCUGGGUGGCCAUGUUUCAGGUGAACUAUAUGUUUCUGUACUUUAUUGUGGGCCAUUUGGCGAGAAACACAGAGGAGGUCGUCCGGUUGUCGGCUCUGCUGCGCGGGACGGAGUCGGCGGUGCAGGCGGUGUCGUAUGGGCUGAGCAGUGUCGGGGUGAUGGCCUCGGUGGGCGGCACGUAUCUCAACUUUGGCCUCUGGGCUCUUUCGCUGCUGCCGGCCUGGUUGGUGGUCAGGCAGAUUGGGACGACGCUGGGGGAUCGCAAGAGGGAGAGAGAGGAGAAUCCGUUGGUGGAGUAA